AUGGUGCUUGCUAUUUGCCUACUAAAUGAUGAUGAUGGGGAGUCCACGUCCACACAAGAUGCACCUUUGGAGGACUGUGGAGCCAGAUCUAAGACGAAUGAAGAGCCUCAGCAGCACGGCCAUUCUGAAACCUGUCAUCGAAGUUCGACGCUGAAAUCAGACCAAGAUGUUGGACAAGCCACGCUACGGAAACCCCCACCAUGUAUGCAUUGCAAGGUGCAACUGCAGACGGUUGAGGCGCUUCAGGGGCACUACCGUUCACGCGUCUGUCUUGAGACGUCGAUAAUCGACUCGGCUGACCGAGGUACUGGAGAGACCAUGUUACGGAAACCCCCACCAUGUAUUCAUUGCAAAGUCAAACUGCAGACGGUUGGGCAGCUUCAGGAGCACUACCGUUCACGCGUCUGUCAUCAGACGUCGACAGCAGAUUCAACGGAGCGAGGUUGA